CGGGGCGGCGGCCCUGAGGGGAGGCCCCCCCGGGGGGGCGGCGGACCGGAGCCACGGGGACCAACACCGCCCACCACCACACCGACACGGUGCCUUCCCCGGAAGACCUUUAACAAGGAUCCCAGCAACUUGCGGCAGAUGAAGCGGUGACGGUAACCAAGGUCAACAUGGACACAUGGCUCAUUCUGGUUUGGCUAAGCGGUGUUCUGACCUGCCUCAGUGCCAGCAAUGUCACCACAGUGUCAUCGUCGGCAGGCGUCUCUGCUCUCCCAAGCUCAGCUAGAGCCACCACAGUGGCCGCCCCCGACCAAGAGGAGGUGACCCGGAGCACCGAGGGUGCCAGUCCGAGCCCCCCGAUCUCCCUCCGUCCUGGGACACCGACCCUCGGCCCGGGGGCCACCCCGCCGCCCACCCACGGGGCCACGUUCAGCCCCUCUGCCCCCGUCAACAGCACCGCCACCACGGGGCCCACGGGGCCCACCUCGCCAUCCCCGAACGCCACACCGCUCCCGGAGGGGGACUCCUCUGGCACGUGGGCUGAGCCCUGGGAGGCCAACUCCAGCACGGGGGCCACCUCCACCUCCGGGGCCUUCACCACGCCCGGUGACACCGACUCGACCGAGAGAAGAGAUGAGACCCCUAUCAUUGCCGUGAUGGUGGCCCUUUCUUCCCUGCUGGUCAUCGUGUUCAUCAUCAUCGUGCUGUACAUGCUCAGGUUCAAGAAAUACAAGCAGGCCGGAAGCCACUCCAACUCCUUCCGCUUGUCCAACGGCCGCACGGAUGACAUGGAGCCCCAGAGCGUGCCACUGCUGGCCAGAUCGCCCAGCACCAACCGGAAGUACCCGCCACUGCCCGUGGACCGGCUGGAGGAGGAGAUCAACCGGCGCAUGGCCGACGACAACAAGCUCUUCCGGGAAGAAUUCAACGCUCUGCCCGCCUGCCCAAUCCAGGCCACCUGUGAAGCAGCCUCCAAGGAAGAGAACAAGGAGAAGAACCGAUACGUCAACAUCCUGCCCUAUGACCAUUCCCGGGUGCAUCUGACGCCCGUGGAAGGGGUCCCGGAUUCGGACUACAUCAACGCCUCAUUCAUCAACGGCUACCAAGAGAAGAACAAGUUCAUCGCUGCCCAAGGACCAAAAGAAGAAACGGUAAACGAUUUCUGGAGAAUGAUCUGGGAACAAAACACAGCGACCAUUGUGAUGGUGACCAACCUGAAAGAGAGGAAGGAGUGCAAAUGCGCCCAGUACUGGCCCGACCAAGGCUGCUGGACCUAUGGGAACAUCCGUGUGUCCGUAGAAGACGUGACUGUCCUGGUCGAUUACACCGUGCGCAAGUUCUGCAUUCAGCAGGUGGGGGACGUGACCAACAAAAAGCCCCAGCGUCUCGUCACGCAGUUCCACUUCACCAGCUGGCCAGACUUCGGCGUGCCCUUCACCCCUAUCGGCAUGCUCAAGUUCUUGAAGAAGGUGAAGACGUGUAACCCCCAGUACGCCGGGGCCAUCGUGGUGCACUGCAGCGCGGGGGUGGGCCGCACGGGCACCUUUGUCGUCAUCGACGCCAUGCUGGACAUGAUGGCCACUGAGAAGAAGGUGGACGUGUACGGCUUCGUGGGCCGCAUCCGGGCCCAGCGCUGCCAGAUGGUACAGACGGACAUGCAGUACGUGUUCAUCUACCAAGCCCUGCUGGAGCACUACCUGUACGGGGACACGGAGCUGGAGGUGACCUCGCUGGAGAGUCACCUGCAGAAGAUCUACACCAGAGUCCCCGGGACCAGCAGCAACGGCCUCGAAGAGGAGUUUAAGAAGUUGACCUCCAUCAAAAUCCAGAACGAGAAGAUGCGGACGGGGAACCUGCCCGCCAACAUGAAGAAGAACAGAGUUCUGCAGAUCAUUCCCUACGAAUUCAACAGAGUCAUCAUUCCAGUGAAGAGGGGGGAGGAGAACACAGACUACGUGAACGCAUCGUUCAUCGACGGUUAUCGUCAGAAGGACUCGUACAUUGCCAGCCAGGGCCCACUGCAGCACACCAUCGAGGACUUCUGGAGGAUGAUCUGGGAGUGGAAAUCCUGCUCCAUCGUCAUGCUCACUGAGCUGGAGGAGAGGGGCCAGGAAAAGUGUGCCCAGUACUGGCCCUGCGACAACCCCAUGGCCUGUGGAGACAUCACCAUGGAGCUGAAGAAGGAGGACGAGUGUGAGAGCUACACCGUGCGCGACCUGCUCGUCACUAACACCAGGGAGAACAAGAGCCGGCAGGUGCGCCAGUUCCACUUCCACGGCUGGCCGGAGGUGGGCAUCCCCAGUGACGGGAAGGGGAUGAUCAACAUCAUCGCCGCGGUGCAGAAGCAGCAGCAGCAGUCGGGCAACCACCCCAUUACCGUGCACUGCAGCGCGGGAGCGGGAAGGACAGGAACAUUCUGUGCACUGAGCACCGUGCUGGAGAGGGUGAAAGCCGAGGGGAUCCUGGACGUCUUUCAGACCGUCAAGAGUCUAAGGUUGCAGAGGCCACAUAUGGUCCAGACACUGGAACAGUACGAAUUCUGCUACAAGGUGGUGCAGGAGUACAUCGACGCUUUCUCAGACUACGCCAACUUCAAAUGAGAAGAGAGGCCCCGGGGCCGGCCAGCAACAGGGGCCUUCUUCGCUAUUUUGUAAUAUUCUCUUUGUUAAUAUACCCCCCGAUCUGUGUAUAUAUAUAUACCCUAACCCGUUUACCCCGUGGGUACCCUAGGCUUCGUAAUUAGCUGGAGAUUUUCUAUGUAGCAAAGUGGUAGCGGCCAAGUCCUUUUCCAGUGUUUUCUUGGGGAAUUAAAUAGCGUGGUGUUUGGA